AUGGCGGGGGUCCCGGCGGCCGAGAGCGGCAGGGGAGGCGGGUUCCCCGGCAGCUGGGAGGGGCAGGGAAGGUGGGAGUCCCGACGGUCGGGAGCGGCAGGGGCGGCGGGGUCCCCGGCGGCAGGGAGUGGCAGGGGCGGGGUCCCCGGCGGCCGGGAGUGGCAGGGGCGGCGGGUCCCCGGCGGCCGGGAGCGGCAGGGGCGGAGGGUCCCCCGGCGCCGGGAGCGGCAUGGGCGGUCGGGUCCCCGGCGGCCGGAAGCGGCAGGGGCGGCGGUGUCCCCGGCGGCGAAGCGGCAGGGUUUGUGGUGCAGCGGUGGCGGGGCCAUGGCCAAUCAAUGGGCGUCGGCAUGGCUAGCGGGCGGGGGCGCCCGCGGAGGCUGA